AUGCAGCAACAGGAGCAACCGCAACUACAGCAGCAGCAGCAGCAGCAACAACAGCAACAACAUGAAAGCCAGUGGAUGCCAGGCAGGCUACCGGAGCACGGCCCCACGCAUCUGUUUCGAGUGACGCACAGGCAGCAUCCUCAGCAGCAACAAAUGUUUCAGAUGCAGCAGCAGCAGCACCACCACCAACAACAACAGCAGCAGCAGCAGCAGCAACAGCUGUAUGCAGGAAGGGUCCCGAGGGUUCCCCUGACAUACCCAUAUGCUCUCUCCAGAGAAGCAGGGCCGCCAGCGCCUACUCAGCUGCUGGAGGAGCAGCAGGGGCAGCAGCAAUACCACCACCAGCAGCAGCAGCAGCAGCAGCAGCAGAAUCUACCUUCCCAACAGCAGCCGUACCCUCGACAGCAGCAGCAACAGCAGCAGCAGUUUCAGCAGCGAAGAAAAGCUGAAGGCCUAACGAGGAGCAUUGAAGCGGAGAAGGCAGCAGUUGCUGCGAGCACUGCAGCAGCAACACCACUAGCAGCAAGAAAACCUCUUUACUGUUUUUCUGGGGGCGGUUCACAGGCAGAGAUACACGCCCACACAGCUGCGGGAUGGCAGCCCCAGCACUCCGCCCCGCUGCAGCAGCAGCAGCAGCAGAAGCAGAAGCAGCAGCAGCAGCAGCACAACAGGCAAUCGCCAACAGCAGCAACAGCAACAGCAGCAACAGCAGCAACAGCAGCAGCAGCAGCUUAG